AUGUUCCUGUGUUGUGCUGCUGGAUUAGUGACCAAGACCUUUGAAGUGACUUCGGAGACCAUCACACACCAGCGCACGCUUAGCUCGCUUAAUGCUGACGUGUCAUGUGCCCGGUAUAACCACAAUGGAAGAAUUCUGGCCAGCAGUAGCGUGGAAGGCGGAAUAUGUCUGAAUGUGGCUUCGUCAGGAGAGCUGCUGUCCCGGUUUUUCAAUCCUGGUGAAGCACCUGCAAAUCGACGCGUGAAUGCUGUGCAGUUCAGCAGUGGGUCAAGAUUUCUUGCUUCUGGUGGCAAUGACGGCUGUGUUCGGUUGUGGGAUCUCAAAACUCAAGAAACUAUGCAAACAUACAACAUCAGUGCCAGCGUUGUCACCUCCGUUGCCUUUAGCGGAUACAAGGAUGAAUUCAUCGUCGGGGGCAGUGCCAGUGGUGCCAUCUCCGUGUGCGACGUCCAAACAGCAGAGACAGCUGGGUUCCUGACAGUCGAUCCGGCUCAUGGGGUACACAAAGUGAUGGCAAUUCAAGCAUCUCCACAUCCGUAUGCCCGGCAUACUCUCGGAUCCACGUACUCGGAUGGUUCAGUCCGAGUAUGGGACUUGAGCACUGGGCAACUGAAGGCAGAAUUCGUUCGUCAACAUGAGGCACCAGCCACAUCAUUGACGUUGUCUCCAGUCAGCAAGGUUUUGCUUGCAACGGGUGGUCUGGAUGGUCGAGUGAUCUUCUAUGAUACCCUACAGCGCAAAAAACUACGAUCUUUAGACUUGGAGCAGCCAGUUUCGUCCUUGGCUCUAUGUGCUGAUGGAAAGACACUCGCAGUAGGGACAACAACGGGCGUGAUCCUCGUGUACGAUCUCCGAGGGGCCAUCACGCCACUAUUUUCCACCCUCGUACACGAAACCUCUGGAGUUCACUCACUUCAAUUUUCACCACCUCCAUCCGACGUCGUUACAACGGGUGUUAUUCCAGAAGGUGUCCCCGUUGUGUCGGCUGAGCACGUUUCACCUUGCAAAGGAGAAACACUGCAAGAGAUCGCAGUACGGAAACUCGAAGCGCUCGGCAUGGGAAGCCCGACGAGGAAGCACGAGGAUAAACCAGGGCUAGUUCACUCGUCGCCACCAUCUUCUCCGACUCGGUUUGCAACACGCAUAGGUAACCGGCCAUUUGCAAAUGCCCGAUCAGAGCUUGCAACAGUCCAAGGAUCCAUGGACGAAAGGCGGCAGUCCAAGUCCUCUGCGGUAUCAUCCUUAUUAUCCGCUUUGUCUCGACGCCUAUCGGAGCAGACAUCCGAUGCCUUCUCUCCGUCCAAACAAAUGGAUUUCGGUAAAUCAAAACUGCGUGCCGAGGUCCAACGACUUCGAGAGGAAAUGGAACUGCGGCGUCAAGAAGAGAUUGAUCAGCUCUCGACUUUGCUUGAAAAUUUAAUGGACCGCUUUGACGCCAUAGUGGAGGAGAAUCGGUCGUUACGCGAGGAGAACGAGUGGCUGAAGUCCCACGUGCCAGCAUCGUAG